CAGUGCUACAGCUGCAAGGCGCGCUUCGGGGCGCUGCACCAUUUCUACGCGCAGCUCUGCCCCAAGUGCGCCUCGCUCAACUAUCGGAUGCGCCACUGCACCGCCGACCUGAGUGGCCGUUAUGCGCUCCUCACGGGCAGCCGCGUCAAGGUGGGCUUCGAGAUCGCGCUCAAGCUGCUACGAGCCGGCGCCACGGUGGUGGCGACCACUCGCUUUCCCGCCGACGCCGCGAAGCGCUACGCCGCCGAGGCGGACUUCGAGGCGUGGCGCGAGCGACUGCACGUCCACGCGCUCGACCUGAGGGACGUCGUGGCGCUGGAGAGCUUUUGUGACUAUCUGCGCGCGACGCUCCCGCGGCUCGACGUUGUCGUCAACAACGCGUGCCAGACGAUCCGGCGGCCGGCGAGCUACUACGCGCAUCUGCUCGCGUUUGAGGCCGAGGUCGAGGCGGGCCAGGCUGGCGCGCCCCUCGCACCACUCCUUGCGCAGCAGGCGAGCCGGCGAGAGGGGAGGCGCCAGGCGAGGGGCAGCGCCAUACGCUGGACGGACGAGGGGCGGGACGACCACGAUCCACCGACCCCGACACCCGCGCAGCUGUCGCAGCUGCACCUCACGACUGAAGACGCCGCGACGGCGGUGUCGCCUCUCGGCAGCGGCGAGCAAGGAGGGGCGGUGCUGCCCGCCGGACAGCUGGACGUGAAUGGGCAGCAGAUUGACUUGCGCGCCACCAACUCCUGGCGGCUCAAGCUCCCCGACGUGUCGACGCCGGAGCUCUGCGAGGUGCUCGCCAUCAACACGCUCGCGCCCUUCAUCAUCAACGCGCGGCUGCAGCCACUGCUCGCUGCGGCGGCCGACGCGGCGGGCGCCGCCUUCAUCGUCAACGUGUCUGCGAUGGAGGGCAAGUUUUAUCGUCACAAGACGGCCAACCACCCGCACACGAACAUGGCCAAGGCGGCGCUCAACAUGAUGACGCGAACCUCGGCAGCGGAGCUGGCCGCCAGUCACCGCAUCUACAUGACGGCGGUCGAUACCGGCUGGAUCAACGACGAGAACCCUCGCGAGCGCGCAGCGAGGACCGCCGAGACGAGUCACUUCCAGACGCCGCUGGACGAGGUGGACGCGGCAGCGCGCGUCCUGCAUCCGGUCUUUGAGGGCGUCAGCACGGGCGAGACGCCUCUCCAUGGCGUCUUUCUCAAAGACUUUGUCGAGACGGAGUGG